UUCCUGUUUGGCGCAAUAUAUAGAAGAGCUCUGUCCGACAGAGGCCAUAAAAAUAUUUUAUGGUUUCUGGUCCGACGAAUAGUACAUUAAUAUGACCAUGGAAGUCUACCUUGUGCUGGUGUUGGCACUGACUGUGUUUCAGUCAUGUUCUGCUUUUCGCUGUCCGAUGCCCACCGGGAACUUCCCCAUGAUAGAGUCGGAGAGCUGUGAGGUGUACUGGCAGUGCAGGAACGGCAUGCUGGUGGCCGCUCAGUGCGCAGGCGCACAUCAGUUCCACUACAAGGCGCGCAAAUGUCUGCAUGGGAGCAUCGUCAGUUGUAUCAUGCAGAGAAAGCAGUACAAACAAGCCCACAUGCCACACAGGGCCAUGCCACACAAACCAAUGCCUAUGCCGAUGCCCAUGCCGAUGACUCCAAAACCGAGACCACCAAAACCCAUCUACAUUCCGUUUCCCGUACCUGUUCAUCCUCAACAUCCGGUUCCGCCUUGCGCAGCGCCACCAUGUGGGAAACCGAUUCCGGUUCCUGCUUCGCCGCCAUGUGACAUUCCUUCGUGCGGGAAACCGGUUGCAGUGCCAGGAAAACCUGGAUUAAUCCCCUUCCCCCAAAACGGACAGAUACCGCCUUAUAUAGUACAGAUGUGGCGGAAUGUUUUCGGACGGGGAUGAAUGACUGAAAUUAAUUAACUUGAGUUAAAGUUUGAUUGAUAACAAAUCGUGAAGCUGCAUAAUGACUGUAACAUCUGUAGUAUGGUAAUAAAAUAAUUAUGGGACUAUGAAGCAUGCUCCA